AUGUUUGAGAAGAUGAAAGAAAUUAGGGAAAAAAGACUCUCAUCUGGCAUAAUAAUGAAACAUUCUAAAGAAGAAGAUCAAAAUGAUGCAUCUAUUGACACUAAUAAAGUUGAAGACAGAAGUAAUUGCAUCCUAAAUCCCAUGGAUAUUGAUGCAAAACAGGAUAUUGAAAGGAGAACUCAACAAUUUUUGAGAAGCAGAGUUUUAAAGUCAGGAAUAAAUCCAUAUGCAGGAUAUAGUAUAUCUAAUAAUAUUUAUGAGGCAACAAAUAACAAUAAGAAAUUCGGUACAAAUAGAAUAAGAGUAGAGGAUCAGUGGAUAACAAGUGGUAUGAUUCCAGGUGAUUCUAUGACAGAUCUUCCACCUCAGUACUAUUCAUGGCGUAAAAGAGAAUUACUAAAUUCUCUAUCUCCAGAUAUUCAACUAAGAAAAAAUUUACUGAAUGAAUCAAUUAGUAGAAUAAAAUCUAUACAAGAUAAACAAGUAGAUCAAUGCUCACGUGAGGGAGAAAGUGAUGAUGAUAUUUGUAAGGCUGAAAAUUCAGCCAAGCUAUUUGCACCACCACUUGUCAUGCCAAAUAUUAAAUUAUCUAGUAGGAAACAUCAUGUUGAACAUACGAAAAAUAUAGUUAACUCAAACUUAAUAGCAGAUCUUGUAACUCAGCAAAUACAGGAACAUCUAGAAAAUAUUGUUGUUGACAAACAGAGUGAAUUAGAAAAGAAAAUUGAAACUCUAACUAACCAGAUUAAAACUUUAGAAUCUAAAGCUACAGAUUAUGUUGGAAAACAGAUCAAAUUAGCUAUGGAAUCAGUGAAAACUCCCAAAUCUUCACUACCUUCUGUUGCUCUAACACCAUCCCAGCAAAAUUCUACAAAAAAACCUCUACUAUCAAUAAUUAAAUCAACAAUUUCAUUUGUUGACACAGUAGAUAAAGAUACCAUCGAUAUUCACCAAUCUAAAAUACUUAAUAAACCUAGAAAUCUACCAAUUGAAACUCAGAAGAAACUAGGAAAAGCUCCGAAAGAAGAACAUGUACCAGAUCUAAUAAGUGUCAAAUUUUCACAUUAUGUGACCCUAUUUAGUCACCAUAUACUAAAGAAUUUUAAAUCUUUAGCUGCAGCUUUUAAAGCUAUGAGACCAGAUAGUAAAAAAGAAGUGUCUAAAAAAAGAUUUUUGGCAUUUGUGGAGUUAAAUAAAAUUCCUGGAAAUGAUCUUGAUCAUGAGAAUUUAUAUAAAGAAAUAUGUAAACCAAAAAAUGUCCUUACAGUGGUUUCUCUAUAUCGUAAUUUGAACCCAUUAAAUAAUAAUGAAAGUUGGACAAUUGAAGACUUUGCCAACACUUUAUUUGAUAUUUAUGAUGGCGAUAUCAAUCUUGCAUUGAGUGCUCUUCCAUCUAAUGGAGAGUUUAUUAAAGUGGAUAGCUUUGUAGAGUUUGCUGUAAAUAACUUAGGAAUAAAACCUGAACUGGCAAAUAAUAUUUGGAAGAAUUACUUUGACAGUAAUAAUUCAAGAUGCUUAAUUAGUGUUGCUAUUAAAAAAAUUAUUAAUGCAUUAUCAUUACCACCCGAAACACUUCUUAAAGUUGAUAAAGCUGAAUUUUCUGAUAGUGAAAGUGUUAAUCCCUCAGUUAGUAGUAAGGAAUUAGAAUCUGGUUUACAGUCACAAGAUUCAGAGCAAGUAUCUGAAAAAGAUCAAGAUUCUGCUUCUGAAAAAAAUAAAAAAUAUGAUGAAGAUUAUUCAUCUUCUGAAAUAAGCAAAAUAUCUGAUACAAGCUCCAGUGAUCAAUCUGACAGUGAAUUGGGUAAUAGUACCUCAGGCUUUGCUGGUAGAAUAGGAAAGUCUUACCAAAAUGACUAUUCACCACCAAAGGAAGAUGAUACAAAAAAAGAUAAAUAUGAUAAUAAUAAUAAUAAUAAUAAUAAUAAUAAUAAAGAGAAUAAAAAUGAAAGAUCAUCUGCAAGAAGUUUAUUAAGCAAUUCAGAAGCAGAAAAAAAGUUGGAAAAGGAAGUUGAUGAUGAUAGAACCUAUAAUAAAACAAGUUUUGAGGUAAAUAACUCUACAGAAACUCAAGAGCAGAUUAAAGAUAGAAAUACUGUUGAACAGUCAGUUUCUGAUUCAGAAAAUUAUUCCAAAGGAUCUUCUGACAAUGAAUCUGAUGAGGAAAAUAAUAAGGAAAAGCAGAAUUUUAAAAAGGGAACUGAUCCUAUAGAAAAAAAGGGGGAGGUAGAAGGAGAACAAACAACGAGGAAUAUAGAUAAUAGAAAAGAUUUAGGAAAUGAAAUAAUUACCAAAGCUAGCUUUGAAAUUGUCAAGAGUGACACUUCAGUAUCAAAUAAUAAAGAUCUCACAGUUCAAAAGAAAUCUUCAAUACUUCCUGAUACAGCUCGUGUAGAACCUCUAGAGCCUGCAAAAGUGAAUGGUGGAAGCUCUACUAUUCGCACAUCUGAAAGUUUAAAUCCAAGAGUGGAACAAUAUAAAACUCAGGAAAUUCUUCGAAGAGAAGCUAUUCCUUUAGGGCUUGACCCAACAGAUGAAAUUCUUCCUUUAGAUGAAAGAUUCAGAAAGCGAGUUCUAGAUAAGUAUACUACAGUUGCAGCUGCUUACCUCAAAAUAUGCGGAGGCAAAGAGAUAAAACCAAAUGUAAAUAUAACAAUUUUUGGUUAUUUUAUGGAAAGUUUAAAUAUUUACUUACCAUUUACUGAAAGCAAGAUAUUCUACAAAAAAGUGGCAUACCCUGAUAAAGAGAUAACAAUUGGUUCUAUGUAUAGAUAUAUAUUAGAGUUAGAUACUAAGGAAGAUUUCGAACCAGUAGAAAUUGGCAAAUAUUUGUCUGAAAUAUAUGGAUCUGUCGAGAAUGCAUUUAUAGCUAAAUGUUUGUAUAACAAAUCUACUAUUAAGAUUGAUGAAUUUAUUUCUGUUUGCAAGGAAUCUGGUUUUUCAGUGAAAGUCAUAAAUGACCUAUUUAAUAGUAUGGUAGAUGAAAGUAGUGAUACAGUGGAAGUUCAAGAUGCAAUCCAAUGUAUUGAAGGUCAUAUAACUCCUGAAGAGGUAAAGAAAGACGAAGUAACAAGAAAUUCACAAUGGGCUCUGUGGCGUAUCAGUCCAGAUCGUAAGAUACCUAUUGAUCCAAAUAUAAAAAAUAAGGAAUUAAAACUUGUAUCUAAAAUUCUUAUUAACAAUAUUGAUUAUUUCCAGAAAAUAGGGAAAUACGAAUUAUUAUCUUUAAUAGAAAAUUACUUUAUGAGAGAACAGUUGCCUGAAGGUGCAUAUGUAUAUAGAAGUGGUGAUUUAGAUUAUUCUUUAUCUGUAAUUAUAAGUGGAGGAGUAAAUUCAGUAGAAGCUUUAUGGUAUGGUGGAGAAAAUAUAUUAAAAUCAUUUGGAGAGGGUGAGGUUAUUGGGAUUAGAAUGUUUGAAAAACUAACUAGUAAUGAAACUUUGAGGACCAACUCAGAGACUGUACUUUGGAAAUUAAUGCCAAAUAUUUGGUUUGAUAAGUUUAAACCUAAAUUAUCUGUAUUAUCUGAAAGUUUUGGUGAACUAGAAGACUAUAUAAAUGAAGAUCGCGUAUUCGGUACGAUGUCAGAUGCUAAAAAGAAGGAACUAUUUCAUCAUACUAUCUUUACAAAGUAUCCUUGCAAGACACGAAUAUUUAAGCAAGGAGAUAUGCCAAAAGCUCUCAUCUUAGUAUUUGAUGGGAAAGUUAACUUAUAUGUUGACAAAGACUUAUCUUUAAAUCCAUCUCAUUAUAGGUCAUUAGAAGCAGGAUCUACAAUUGGUGAUAUGUAUCUAAUCAAUAAAGAACCUUAUCCAUACAGUGCUUAUUGUGCAUCAGAUUCAGAUUUUGUUGUGAUAGCAACUGUAGAAAGCAAUAAGGCUUUGUCUAUACUAGAUGAUGAUAUUAAAAAGAAGAUGCUUGCUUUAGAAAAGAAGUAUCAAGACAAAAGACCAAUACCUAUACAAAACAUUCCUAAAUUUCCAUCUUUAUCUGAUAUUAAUAAGUAUAUAUCAAAUUCUUCUAAAGUGGAGGAUAAUACACAAGCUGAAACUAACUCCCCAGAAAACUUAAAAGGAGAGAGUAAAAGUACGGACCAACCUAACAAUAAUCAAGAUAAUAAGAAAACUAGUGAUAUGGAUAAUAAAGAUAAAGAUACAAAAGAGAAUAUUGUAGUAAAAGAAGAGGAUGAGAAUAAGGAAUUAGAAUAUUUACAUGCUGAUAUUCAAUCUAGAAUAUUAAGAAGGCAUUCAAGUUUAGCUGAUACAUUCAAGUAUAUUUAUAAACACCAUGUAAAGAAGCCUUUACUUAAAUAUAAUUGGGUACUGAAUUUAUUUGAUACUAAUAUCCAGCCAAGCAAUGAUAUGUGUAGGAAAUGGCCUAAUUAUUGUAAAAUGUUUAUUGGUUACUGGAUUGAUAUUGAUGCAUUUGCAGAAUAUGUUUCAGAGUACCUUCAAAUUAAUGCUACUUUUAAAUAUAUACGAGAAAUUUAUCAAAGGCUUUGUUAUCCUCUCAAAGAUCAACUAUAUAUUGGAACAUUUUAUAGGAAUUUUGAAGAAGUGCAAAAUUUGAGUUUAAGAGAUAUGAACCGUCGUCUUGUUGAAAUUGACAAAGGUGUAUAUAACUGUUUUACUGAAAUGGCAGGCAUAACUCCUGGUAGUAGUAUUACCUUAGAUACCUUCAUUGUAGUUGCAGCUAGGGCUGGUUUUACUAGAGAUGAAGCGAGUGACAUAUAUACAAAACAAUUAGAUGUUCUUCAUAAUAAGUUAGUUUCAUUAACUACUCUUGUGAAAUUAGUUGCUGGAGAAAUUACAAGAAAAGAAGCUGAAGAUGCAGAAAGUAAUUAUGGUUUGUUAAACAUGGCACAGGAUUAUUUUGGAAGAGAUAAUAUUAUACCGAAGAUUGUAGAUUUAAAUAACAUGAAAAUCGAUGAGGAAAAGUUUACUUCUAAGUAUGAAGACAUGAAAUUUGAUGAAAAUAAAGUUAUUGAAGAUAAAAAUAGUUCUAUAUUAGUUGAUUUCUUAGGAGUUACAGAGCCAUUUAAUGUUCUACAUAUUGGGCAAAGACAUUGGCUAGUCGCUCAAAUGGAAAAGAAGGAAUUUGACAGAGAUGACAAAAUUAUAACUCAAGGUAAUCCACAAUCUCCUAAUCUGUUCUUAAUUAGUGGAGAACUUACUAUAAUCCAGACAAGCUUUUUUGGAUAUGAUUCGGAAGUUGGAAGUAUACGAGAGGUUGCACAAUAUGGAUGGACAGAAUAUUAUUCAACAAAUCAACCAAGUAGUGUUUCUGUCGUUGCAAAAACUACCUCAACAGUUUAUAUCUUAUCAAGAUCUUAUUUAGAAAAAUUAAAUUUAGUUAUAUCUAAUAGAAUAGAGAAAAUACGUAAUAUAUCUGCACUACUGUUGAGAACUCCCAAUAUACGUGAUUGGCCAAGUUUCGUACUAGAUAAAUUGGCAAAAAGUCUCAAAGUACAGAUUUUUAAUGAAGGUGAACAUAUUUUAGAUAUUGGUCCUUGUGAUAAAAAUAGUCUCAAAUUCUAUAUAGUUGCUAAAGGCACUGUGCAUGUUGAAGGGGUUCCAUUUGAAGAUGAAGAAGCCUCAAAUAGUUAUAAAUUGGGUAGUGGUAGAUACUUUGGUGAGUGGGCUAUAAUUAACAACUACAACGAGAGAACUUGUACUAUAAUAGCUGAAGGUAGUGUUGCAUUAUUAACAGUACCAAAACAUGAAUUUAAAAGAGUGAUUUCUGAAGUAGAUGAAUAUGCACUGAAUAGAUUCAAAGAUUAUGGUUUAAAGCUAUAUCACUUCUCUCCGAGGCAUGCAUCAAGAUUUAAUAGUCCAUUAAGAUCUCCUAAAAAAUUUGAUCAAUAA